UGGGCUUAUAAGAGCUGCCCUCGCGGAGCCUGGGCCCAGCCGACAGUGGCAAGGAGGAGCUCCGCACUGACGCUGGAACCGUUUCCGGGUCGGAACCGGCGCCAUGGCGGCUGACACGCAGGUUUCUGAAACACUGAAGAGAUUUGCUGUGAAAGUGACCACAUCCAGCGUGAAGGAGCGGAGAGAGAUCCUCAAUGAACUCGGAAGAUGCAUUACUGGGAAAGAUCUGCCAGAAGGUGCAGUUAAAGGUCUCUGUAAGCUGUUCUGCCUCACUUUGCAUCGAUACAGAGAUGCAGCGUCCCACAGAGCUCUUCAAGUGGCUCUGCAGCAGCUUGCCGAAUACCAGCCGGAAGCGACAGCAAAGAACCUUUUACAGUCCCUACAGUCUUCAGGAAUCAGCAGCAAGUCUGUAGGGCCCAAUAAGAGCAGUGGAUCUGCAGCUUUGCUGGCUCUGUCUUGGACUUGUUUGCUUGUCCGCAUCGUCUUCCCCACACGUGACAAGCGACAAGGAGAAACAUGGGAAAAACUGGUGGAAGUUCAAUGUUUGCUUUUGUUGGAAGUUCUGGGUGCUUCCCGGAAGCCUAUGGUGGAUGGGGCUGUGAAGAAACUGAAUAGGCUGUGGAAAGAGAACCCUGGGCUGGUGGAUCAGUACCUCUCUGUCAUUCUUGGCCUUGAAGCCAACCAGGGGUAUGCUGCCAUGCUGGGCCUAUUAGUGCUGUUCUGUACCAAACAGAAGGAAGUUGAUGCCAUCAACAGAUACAAGAGUGCUCUCCUUGAUUUCUACAUGAAGACCAUCCUAAUGAGCAAGACGAAACCUCAGAAGCACCUACUGGACAACUGCGCUCCUCUGCUCCGGUAUGUGUCUCACUCCGAAUUCAAGGACCUUGUGUUGCCAGCUUUGCAGAAAUCCUUGCUGCGGAGCCCUGAGAAUGCCAUUGAAACAAUUUCUUGUUUGUUGGCAUCUGUAACCCUUGACCUCAGCCAGUAUGCACUGGACAUCGCAAAAGGGCUAGCCAGCCAAUUGAAAUCCAAUAGUUCUCAGCUAAUGGAUGAAGCCAUAAUAGCGUUGAAGAAUUUGGCAAGGCAGUGCAGCGACCCAUCCGUAGUGGAGUCACUUGGAAAACACCUGUUUGCCAUUUUGGGAGGUGCUGAAGGAAAACUGACAGUUGUGGCACAGAAAAUCAGUGUCCUCUCAGGGAUUGGCAGUUGUAGCUAUCAUGCAGUCUCUGGGCCCUCCAAUCAAGUUGUAAGUGAAACUGUGGCCGAACUUUUCAUCCCUUUUCUCCAGCAGGAAGUCCAUGAAGGCACUCUGGUGCAUGCCAUCUCUGUCCUUGCACUCUGGUGUAAUCGGUUCACCACGGAAGUGCCCAAGAAGCUGGUUGAGUGGUUCAAGAAAGCCUUUGGUCUUAAAACCUGCACUUCCGCUGUGAGGCAUGCAUAUCUACAGUGCAUGUUGGCAUCCUUCAAAGGCAAUGUGCUUAUGCAGGGAGUAGACUUGCUUCCAGUGAUGAUCCAGACAGUUGAAAAAGCAGCAGCGCAAAGCACUCAGAUUUCCCUAGUAACAGAAGGCAUUGCAGCAGCUUUGCUGAUUUGUAGGCUCUCCGUCGCGGAUUCACAAAUAGAGAACAAACUUAACAACUUCUGGCCGCUCAUUUUGGAUGAGAAAAAGCAAGUUUUCACUUCGGAGAAGUUCCUGCAGUCUGCAUCGGAAGAAGCCAUGUGCACAGUUUUACAGCUGGCGGAGCGUCUCCUCUUGGACCAUGAGCAGCGACUGCCUGGUGCUAAAAUCCAGCAGUAUCACAAAGCCCUGGCUGCCGUUCUUCUGAGCCGGUCAUGGUGUGUCCGAAGGCUUGCCCAGCAAACUGUGAGAAAGCUCUUGUCCUUGCCCAGAGGGUUCAAGUUGGCCUAUGGGCUUUUAGAAGAGUUGAAAGUGGUUCUCAGUUCUCAUAAGGUCCUUCCCCCUGAGACCUUGGUAACGGAGACAGGAGAAUUGUCAGAACAAGGGAAAAUGUACAUUCCUCCUCGGAUCCUUCAGGAAACCUUGUGUGUGAUCUCAUGCGUGUCAUGCCUGGAAGGGGAUCUGGAGGAGAAAGAAAAUCUAGCUUUGGAAAUGCUGCUAGUAAGCAACCAUCCUUCUCUGGUUGCAGUGCAUUCUGGCCUUUGGCCAGCCCUCUUGAUCAAGAUGAAGCUUGAACCUGUAGACUUCAUCACCAAAUACCUGGAAAAAAUAUUUGACCGAAUUAUCACUCAGAGCCCCAUGACAAAGUCAUCCCUGAAUGCAGUAGGAAUGCUUUCUGUCCUCUCUCCUGGCAGAGUCCUUCCCCAGGUGAUCAGCACCAUCUCUGCCUCUCUGGAAAAAUCUGCCCUGUGUCUCGUGACCCAAGAGGAGUUUGCAAUCAUGAAGACACCUGAAGGGGAGCUAUAUGACAAAUCUAUCUUACACAGUGCUCAGCAGGAUAGCCUGAAAAAGGCCAACAUGAAAAGGGAAAACAAGGCUUACUCUUUCAAGGAGCAGAUCAUUGAACUUGAGCUGAAGGAGGAGAUUAAGAAGAAAAAGGGCAUCAAGGAAGAGAUCCAGCUGACCAGCAAACAAAAGGAAAUGCUGAAUGCUCAGCUGGAGAAGGAAGCUCAGAUUAGGAAGCAAUUGAAGGAGCUUGACAACGAGUUGGAAUCCAUGCUAGGUCUUCUGGAGGCUGUUCUAAAAAGGAAUCCCCCUGGCCUCUCCCAGUACAUCCCUGCUCUCAUAGGAUCAUUCCUUCCUCUGCUGAAAUCCCCCCUGGCUGCUCCAAGGGUUAAGGCGCCUUUCCUUUCUUUGGCCUCCUGUGUGAUGCCUGAUCGUUUGAAGACUUUUGGCACUGUAGCAAGUCAUGUGACUUUGCGCAUGAUAAAACCUGAAUGCGAUUUGGACGAAUCUUGGUGUCAGGAGGAUCUGCCUACAGCUGUGAACAGAGUUGUUAACCUGCUGCAUGCACACACAGUGCCAGGACGAAUGAGCAAAGGAGAGGCAGGUCCCAUGCCAUUGCCAGCUCCAGGAUUUUCCUUGGUGUUUCCUCUCUUUAAAAUGGUGCUACUGGAAACUCCCAAUGACAGUGAAGAGAAGGAGGAACUCAUGGUCAAGGUCCUUCAGACCAUCACAGUUCAUGCUCAGUUGAGGUCAUCCACCAAUAACCAGAAUUUGCUGGUGGAUGAGAAUGGUCCUGAGUUACUGCCUCGCACAGAUAUGCUGCAGCUGUUGGCAAAAGUGAUUGGAGCAGGCUCUCCACGUUUGCAGGUGUUGGCUUCUAAUGCCCUCACAGCCUUGUGUGCUAGCAGCAGUGGGGAGGAUGGAUGUGCCUAUGCGGAGCAAGAGGAAAUCGAUGUGUUGCUCCAGGCCCUUCAGUCUCCAUGCAUGAAUGUCCGAGAUGCAGCUCUUCGGGGUUUGAUGGAACUGCAGAUGGUGCUGCCCACCCCAGAUAGUGAUGAGAAGAAUGGACUGAACCUUCUGCGUCGUCUCUGGGUGGUGAAGUUUGACAGAGAAGAAGAGAUUCGGACAUUGGCAGAGAGAUUGUGGGAGUCGAUGGGCUUGGAACUGCAGCCUGAUAUCUGCUCCGUCCUCAUCAAAGAUGUCAUCCACUAUGAAGAAGCUGUGCGGCAGGCUGGCGCAGAGGCACUUUCUAAGAGUGUUGAACAGUAUCGAAGCCAAACAAGGGAUGUGAUGACCAAACUUAUGGAGAUUUAUCAGGAAAAACUCUAUAGGCCCCCACCGGUUUUGGAUGCUUUGGGACGUGUCAUCUCAGAAUCUCCGCCUGACCAAUGGGAAGCCAGGUGUGGCAUUGCUUUGGCCCUGAACAAGCUCUCUCAGCACUUGGAUGGUUCACAGGUGAAGCCUCUUUUCCAGUUCUUUGUACCAGAUGCCCUGAACGAUCGUAAUCCUGAGGUCCGGAAGUGUAUGCUGGAUGCAGCCCUCUCAGCGCUGAAUACCCACGGCAAGGACAGUGUCAAUUCUCUCCUGCCAGUGUUUGAGGAGUUCCUCAAGAAUGCACCCAACGAUGCCAGCUACGAUGCCGUCAGGCAGAGCGUUGUCAUUCUGAUGGGUUCUCUGGCCAAACAUUUGGACAAGAAUGAUCCAAAAGUGAAGCCAAUUGUGGCCAAACUGAUAGCAGCGCUUUCCACUCCAUCUCAGCAGGUCCAGGAAUCUGUAGCCAGCUGUUUACCUCCUCUGGUACCUGCAAUAAAGGAAGAUGCAGGAGGAAUGAUCCAGAAGCUGUUACAGCUGCUGCUAGAGUCGGACAAAUACGCUGAGCGGAAAGGAGCUGCCUAUGGGCUUGCUGGCCUGGUGAAAGGCUUGGGCAUUCUCUCGCUCAAGCAGCAGGAAAUGAUGGCGAAGCUGACUGAUGCCAUCCAAGACAAGAAGAACUUCCGGAGGCGAGAAGGGGCAUUAUUUGCAUUUGAGAUGCUCUGCACCAUGCUUGGGAAGCUUUUUGAGCCAUACGUGGUUCAUGUCUUACCCCACUUACUGCUCUGUUUCGGAGAUGGGAAUCAGUACGUCCGAGAGGCUGCAGACGACUGUGCCAAGGCAGUGAUGAGUAACUUGAGUGCCCACGGUGUCAAACUGGUGCUGCCGUCAUUGUUGGCUGCACUGGAAGAAGAGUCUUGGAGAACCAAAGCUGGGUCAGUGGAAUUGCUAGGAGCCAUGGCCUAUUGCGCGCCAAAGCAGCUCUCUUCCUGCUUGCCAAAUAUUGUGCCAAAGCUGACUGAAGUGCUCACGGACUCCCAUGUGAAGGUCCAGAAGGCUGGGCAGCAGGCACUUCGGCAGAUUGGGUCGGUUAUCAGGAACCCUGAGAUCUUGGCAAUUGCACCAGUUCUGUUGGACGCCUUGACGGAUCCAUCCCGAAAGACCCAGAAGUGCCUGCAAACUUUGCUGGACACCAAAUUUGUCCACUUCAUUGAUGCACCUUCCCUGGCCCUCAUCAUGCCUAUUGUCCAAAGGGCUUUCCAGGACCGUUCCACGGACACCAGAAAAAUGGCUGCUCAGAUAAUUGGAAAUAUGUAUUCUCUGACAGACCAGAAGGAUCUGGCUCCUUACCUGCCCAGUGUGACCCCUGGAUUGAAGACCUCUUUACUAGACCCUGUGCCUGAGGUGCGCACAGUGUCUGCCAAGGCCCUGGGAGCCAUGGUGAAAGGGAUGGGUGAGUCUUGCUUUGAAGACUUGCUGCCUUGGCUGAUGGAAACCUUGACGUAUGAGCAGAGUUCAGUGGAUCGAUCGGGAGCUGCGCAAGGUCUGGCUGAAGUCAUGGCUGGUUUGGGGGUAGAAAAACUGGAAAAACUUAUGCCGGAAAUUGUGGCUACUGCAAGCAAAGUAGAUAUUGCCCCCCAUGUUCGAGAUGGUUAUAUUAUGAUGUUCAACUACCUGCCCAUUACCUUUGGCGAGAAGUUUACACCUUAUGUCGGCCCUAUCAUACCAUGUAUCCUUAAGGCACUAGCGGAUGAGAAUGAGUUUGUGCGGGACACAGCCCUUCGUGCGGGACAGAGGAUUAUAAGUAUGUAUGCAGAGACCGCCAUUGCGCUCUUCCUGCCUCAGCUGGAACAAGGCCUCUUUGAUGACCUUUGGCGAAUCAGGUACAGCUCUGUUCAGCUUCUUGGAGACCUUCUCUUCCAUAUUUCUGGUGUCACAGGAAAAAUGACAACCGAAACUGCCUCCGAGGAUGACAACUUUGGAACAGCCCAGUCCAACAAAGCAAUCAUUAGUGCACUUGGAGUGGAGCGGAGGAACAGAGUGUUGGCCGGGCUGUACAUGGGCCGCUCAGAUAACCAGCUGGCUGUCCGUCAGGCGUCCUUGCACGUUUGGAAGAUUGUUGUUUCAAACACACCUCGCACGCUCCGUGAGAUUUUGCCAACUCUCUUUGGCCUCCUGUUGGGAUUCUUAGCCAGCACUUGUGCAGACAAGAGAACAAUUGCAGCACGUACAUUGGGCGACCUUGUCCGAAAGCUGGGCGAGAAGAUUCUCCCAGAAAUCAUCCCCAUUUUGGAAGAAGGCUUGAGGUCCGAAAAGAGUGACAAGAGGCAAGGGGUCUGCAUUGGCCUGAGUGAAAUAAUGAAGUCUACCAGCCGGGAUGCAGUGCUGUGUUUCUCUGAGUCCCUAGUUCCAACCAUGAGGAAGGCACUGUGCGACCCUCUGGAAGAAGUCAGAGAAGCAGCAGCCAAAACCUUUGAACAGCUACACUCGACAAUUGGGUACCAAGCUCUUGAAGACAUCUUGCCAUACUUACUGAAGCAGCUGGAGUGCGAAGCGACCUCAGAGUUUGCUCUGGAUGGCCUGAAGCAGGUUAUGGCUGUGAAGAGCCGGGUGGUAUUGCCUUACUUGGUGCCAAAGCUUAUAUCCCCUCCGGUAAACACUCGGGUCCUGGCUUUUCUCUCAUCUGUGGCUGGCGAUGCUCUCACCCGGCACCUUGCUGUUAUCUUACCUGCCAUGAUGUCAGCACUAAAGGAGAAGCUUGGGACAGGCGAUGAACAGCAGGAGAUGUCAAACUGCCAAGUUGUCAUCCUGUCGGUAGAAGAUGAGGCGGGACAGAGGAUUAUCAUUGAAGAUCUCCUGGAUGCAACUCGUAGCCCUGAGGUGGGGCUGCGUCAGGCUGCGGCCGUCAUUCUCAACAUCUACUGUUCCAAGACCAAAGCAGACUACACGCCCCACCUGCGCAACCUGGUCUCAGGCUUGAUCCGGCUCUUUAAUGACUCCAACACUGUGGUCUUGAAUGAAAGUUGGGAUGCUCUCAAUGCCAUCACUAAGAAAUUGGAUGCUGCCAACCAGCUGGCUCUUAUUGAGGAUCUCCACAGGGAUAUUCGUAUGGUGGGGAAUGACGCUGAUGGAGAGCAUGUCCCUGGAUUUUGCAUUCCCAAGAAGGGUGUGACAUCCAUCCUUCCUGUGCUUCGGGAAGGAGUCCUGACAGGCAGCUCAGAACAGAAGGAAGAAGCAGCCAAGGCUUUGGGGUUGGUGAUCAAACUGGCCUCUGCAGAUGCCCUGAAGCCUUCUGUUGUGAGCAUCACAGGGCCCCUCAUCCGCAUCUUGGGAGACAGGUUCAGCUGGAAUGUCAAGGUGGCUUUGCUUGAAACGUUAAGCCUUUUGCUGGCCAAGGUGGGCAUUGCCUUGAAGCCAUUCUUGCCUCAACUGCAAACCACCUUCACAAAAGCACUGCAAGAUCCUAACCGGGUGGUUCGCCUGAAAGCAGCUGAUGCCCUGGGGAAGCUGAUCACUAUCCAUGCCAAGGUGGAUCCACUCUUUACCGAAUUACUGAAUGGCAUUCGAACUAGCGAAGACUCUGGCGUCAGGGAUACCAUGCUGCAAGCCCUACGAUUUGUAACCCAAGGUGCUGGUGCCAAAGUGGAUGCUGCAGUGAGGAAGAAUAUCACCACUGUGCUCUUAGGCAUGUUGGGACAUGAUGAGGAUGCCACCCGCAUGGCCUCAGCUGGCUGCCUGGCAGAGCUGUGUGCAUUUCUGACUGAAGAAGAACUUGGCAGUGUCCUCCAGAAUCAUCUGCUAGCGGAUGUCUCUGGCGUUGACUGGAUGGUGCGGCACGGACGCAGCCUGGCACUUUCUGUGGCUGUCAAUGUGGCCCCAAGCAGAGUGUGUGCGCCCAAAUUCUCCAACAGUGUCCAUGAGAUGAUUUUUAGCAAUACCCUUGCUGACCGGAUCCCAAUUGCUAUUAGUGGCAUCAGAGGGAUGGGCUUCCUUAUGAAGCACCACAUAGAGUCUAACAAGGGGAACUUGCCUCCCAAACUCUCCAACCUCUUCAUUAAGUGUCUUCAGAACCCAUCGAGCGACAUCAAACUAGUUGCAGAGAAGAUGAUCUGGUGGGCAAAUAAAAGACCUCUCCCUCCCUUGGAUCCCCAGACAGCGAAGCCCAUCCUCAAGGCGCUCCUGGACAAUACGAAAGAUAAGAAUACCAGUGUGAGGGCCUACAGUGACCAGGCCAUUGUGAACCUCUUGAAGAUGAGAGAGGGAGAAGAACUCCUCCAGUCCAUCUCCAAGAUCCUAGACGCUGCCAGUUUGGAACUGCUGAACGAGAGCUGCCGCCGCUCUCUCCGAAAGCUGGCUGGCCAAGCCGACUCUUUCGAACAGAUUGACGACACCAUCCUGACGUGAGUUUGGAGGUGCGGAUGGAAAGCCUGCCCUUGGACCCAUCGGCGUUAGAACUCAGAACCAAUGGAAAUGUUUUCAUUUUUGAAAAUGCUAAUUCUGAUGGGAGCGAAUUUGGAAAAAAAAAGAAAAGAAAAGGGCUUCCAAGUAUUUUAAUAAAGAAAUAUACCAGAAUAGCCUUAAUUAGAGUUCUGCUAGUUUAACGGAAAAGAAAAGAACACGUUCCUCCCCUUCCCCAUUUUUGCAGUACCAAGUACAAGGUAAGGCAUUCUCUCAGUUGGUAAUAAGUAAUUGGUAGUUGGUUCUGUGGUGGUUCUCCCCCUCUGUGUUAAAAAGAGCUGUUUCCACUCAACGUGUAAGUGGGAAUUAGAAUCCUGUGAAAGUCAAGCAGUUUGGUUUAAUGUGCUGCUGAUUUGCUGUUUGUUGUAGCUCCGAAGGCUGCAAAUUCUCUAAAUCAAACUAUUUAAAGAGCCUUAGAAAUGAGAGGCAAAAGGGGGGGGGGGGAUGAAAAGCACGCUGUUUGAAUGGCAGUUGAAUAAAAAGCUUUGAACGUC